AUGGAGAAGCAGCGAGAGAGCAGCUCGAUGGCCAUGCGGCUCUACGCCACGUGGGACGUCGACCGAGCCACACCGUCCACAGUUCCCAGGUGAGAAUCGUGUUCUGUUGUUUGGCUACAUGUUGUCAGUUGUUGGCCGCUGUUUUUGUUUCCUGGUUGCCAAACGAACACAUGACCCGCCUGUUGAGAUAAAAAAAAAGAGUGCUCCAUGGGUUCUGAUCCUGAAAGUUUUGUUGAUUCGUUCUUUUUCAGAAUAUUCAACGUCUCGAUCAACCGGAUUCUGCUUGACAGCGUUUCUCCGGAAGUAAAUUCGAUCAUUGUGACCGCUAAACUUCCGGUACACUCUUAUUUUCAAUUCGUUCUUUCACGUCCGGUUUAUUGCAGCUCUCGAAACGAAGUCGUUAUCUGCGAAGCAAUGAGAUCAAAGUGACUCCGGUGCACGGACGAAUCGAUUUGGACUGCGACAUCUCGUUUUGUAUUCAGUAUCCGCACUUUCUGAAGCGCAAGUCGAACGUACUGCAACUGCUGAUUCAACGGCGGAAAAAGUACAAGAACCGACUGCCGGGCGGACUGCGUGAUCUCGCCGUGGGAAACAUCAACCUGACCUAUGUGAGCAGACUCUUCACAAAUCGGACAAUCCAAUUAUCUUUUCAGAUAAUGCAACAGGGCGGUCUGCGAGAGAUUCCGUUGAAUGCCUCUUCGGAAAAUGAGGUAGAACUGAAAGGAAGUAUGUAUAGAAAGUAGUAAAGAAUCUUUGGAAAACUACAAUUUUCAGUGGGAUCAUGUGCUGGAAAAGUGUUUCUGGCGUCUUGUUACUCACAGGCUCCGGAGAUCGUGGACGAUCGAGAUAAACAGAAGAAGAUCGUGGAGGAUUCGGAAGAGGAGACGGAAACGGACUACGACGACGUUGGAGACGAUCUGAACGAGAUUCCGAGCGGAAGAAGCGGAAGGCACAAGACGACGGAAAUCGAAGGUCGGCCCGGGCGAACGAAAGGGAAGAAUCUGAAAUAUCAGAUGAACAAGCUGUUCAACAUGUUUCGACCUGAAGAUGUGCGUUUCCAUCAUUGAACAAUAAAUGCGAAUUGCAAGUUUACAGGGCCGGCGUCCAGUGGUCAAAGAAAUGCCAUGGGAGGAUGACGACAUUGAUUCGCCGUACGAUUCCGGACCGGAAAUGUUCAACGACGACGCCUCGAUCAGAAGUAACCGCCGUCCGCAACUCGCUCCGUUUUUCGAUCCGAAGGAGAAAAGCGAUCACGGAUUGGCUGCAAUGUACGAAGUUUCGGAUGGAGAAGGAGAGCAAGCGGACGCCGGAUGGAAUUCGGAAUCAGAAUACGCGAAGGAGAACGUCGGAAAAGGAAAACUGGCACAGAAAGAUUCGGUCGGAUCGGCAGUGCCGGAGCAGUACGCCCAAACGCCCAUCCGAUCCUCCGGAAUGCGUGUAGUCUCCUCGUUCGACUCGCAUUCAAUUCCUCACUCGUCCACUCUCAAUUCGAUCAAAAAUGAGCACAGCGUGCAUCGAGGAGUGAGUCUUUCGGAACAGCUUAGCUCCAUUCUCGGCGCGAACAUGUCUCCGCAAGGAAGCGACGCCGUCUGGUUGUGCAAUUUGUCCGAGUGGUCCACAUUUGCCCCACUGGCCGGCCCGGUGCCCAUCAUCAACUGCCCGUCGUUUUCGCAAGUGCGUCAGACACUCAGUCACGUCAUAAACAGAAUCCAGAACUUGUGGGUGCUUUGUUCCUCUCAAAUGUGCUCAUUUUCCUUUUGCAGCUGUCAUUCGAACUCAUCAAAUCCACGAUUAACGGUCGUUGGCAUCAUCGGCACCGACAAGCUCUUCUCGCAGGUCGUCAGAGCGUACGUCGAGUGUCUUGCGCACAAAUCGCUCGCCAAUCUCAUCAAUCAUCUCCGAUUCGUGGCAAUCCCCUCGACUAGCUCACUUUUCUAUAAACUGAUUGAAGGUAAUUCGAGAUUUCCGCAUUCGCAAUCAAAAUGCGAUGAUUCUUUUUCAGGCAUCGAUCCUCAACUCGACAAUUUGUGCCGUGACUUGUGGGAUCGGUUUGGAGACAUGAAUCCGGCCGAGAAAGCGGCGGUGGCAACGAAGAUUGCCGCGUGGCCGAACAGCGUCAGCUCCUCGAAAAUGAAUCUGCCGAUCGGUGAGGCGAUGCUUCAACUGACAGCCGACAGAGAUCCGGAAGGAGGACGUGUCUUCCUUCCGUUCCUGUGCGAAGUGAGAGUCGGAAGUCAGCAAUGCGAGAUUGAGAACGACGACGAUUCGAACGGUCUGAACGGAUUUGCACAGACGAUCGUGUCGCCGAGAGAAGAGUCUGUGAUGUCGAAAGUAGAAGGCGGAUCUCCUCCGCAUUCGCCUCAGUUGAGAAAUGUAGAUGGACAGGAGCUGAAUAUGGACUUCUGGGUGAACAGCCCAGUGCAACAGACUCCCUCCUACAGCUACGGAUCUGAUUUCCAGCCGACCGCUUCAAAUAUGACGCCAAAUUCGAAAAAGGAGGCUGCCAAAGUGACGAUCAAGGCUCACUUCAGAACUCUUCUUGUUACCAGGUCACCAAGCACCGGCUCACUGAGUCUCACUUAUCUAAAAGAGAAAAGAAAGGAUAAGAUGUUGCAAAAGCUCGGAAUGAAAAAAGGACAGGUAUGAAGUAGAAAUAGAGUUCUGAAUCUGAAAGGGAUGUUUACAGAAGCAAAAGCCAGAAGAUGGCGCCGCUCCAUCUCAGGUCCCUGCAAUUGGAAGAAUGCUUUGCAGUGCGUCAGGCAAACACAAUGAAUUGACUGGUUUGUUACCCACUCUCAAUUAAAGCUAUACUUCUUUUUUUGCAGUUAUCAUCGACGGAAACGCGCACAACGGAGUUCGCUACUUCCAGACAUCUCCUCAAUGGCAAACGCACAUCAAGUCCUUCCCGAUCGCUUUCCUCACUCCGAAUGUCUGUACAGCAUGAAUAAUUAAUUAUCGCACCCGUUUUCCACUCUCAUCAUCAUUGUUUCAUAAUGCACUUUCAAUCUCUUUGCCAAUUUGCCUGUAUAAUAUGAUGAAAACGUUUUCCAAGUGUCGAAUUGUCCCUUAUGUUGAAAUAUUCGUCCCCAUUUUCUUCACGGUUUUGUUUUCUCUCUUCUUGUCCGAUGAUGCCCUUGAACUUUGCUUUUCCCGCCGAUUUUUACCAAAUUGUAUGCAUUCGCAUCCGCUUUAUUUUCAUGCUUACACAUUCCCACGUUUUAUGUUCUUCUGUUCAAUAAUAAACGCCUUUCAAAAUUUUUCUCUAAAUUAUCAUGUUCUUUGCUUUUUUUUCAGUUUUUGUUUCAUUGGUUCAAGUGAAUAUAUCGACUUAGCAAACUAUUCAAACAGAAGAGUCGACGGUUUCAGGUUAUGGGUGACCAGAAAAUGAUACGAGUCAAUCGGGAGAAUAUUAUUCUGACUACGGUAACGGUUAAUUUCAGACGAUUCAGAUCAGUAAAAUGAAUGCUUGAAGGAUAAAAAUGGAAGAAUCACGGACACUCCGCUCGUUCGCGUCAGAAAUCGGCCGCCGCUCGUCAGCAAGGUAAUUUUAUUCCAAAUGUGUUUUCAAAUUUUGUUGCGGACCUCUGGAACUCGAGAAAACCCCGUGUGAAACAAUAGUUCAUGCUUAUUUUCAACACGUGGAAAGUAUUUUGAUUUUCGUGCGAAAAGCACUUUUAAAUCAAGCUUAGCAUAUGGUUUUAUUUAGUUUAACAUUUAAAAAGCUCACUUAUUAUCAUGCUAAACUUUUUUUGAAACAAAAAAUGUUGAAAAUUAUAUUGCUAGCAAUAAUAUCACUUAGCAUUUGGCAAUUUUCCAUUCAUUGUCCUAAUUCACAAAUCAUUUUGCCAAAACCAAUAUCAACAUUUCCGUUUGCAAAACAAAGCAAAAGAAUGUCAUUGGGAGGCGCAGCACAAACGCGCUCCAUUGCGAAGAUGCAGAGCGGUUCUCCUCUGCGCGGAGAAUUGUACGUGAGUAUGUGGAAGAAGACGAGAGACGCAGACCCGUAUAUUGACUGUCCGAAUAGAAACGGUUUCGCGUCCUUCCUAAUUGAUCGCAAUUUGCUCCGCCAAAGUGCAGAUAGUGCAAGUGCACAAUUAUGGUCAUAAUAGUUGUUUAUUAGAUACCAUACUCGUCUCCAUUCGGACGAUUCUUAUUGAAUAAUUCUUCUUUUGCUCAAAACUUUUUUUCUAACCCAUUGAAUUGUAGGUAGACGGCCGUGCUCGGAUCCUCCGACCACUUCGACCGGCAGCCAUGCAAUCAAACCAACAGCCGACAACGUCUUCCAACGCCGGAGCACCCGGAGCACGGACCUCCUCUUCCUCAAACAUGCCCCACUCCCAAUCGAUGCCGGUUCUGCAGUCCGCCGCCGGAAGCAGUAGUGGCUCUCGGCCGGGUUCGGGCAACCAGCCGGUGGGACGGACGGCGUUGACGCUUCCGUCAAACACGACCGAUAGGAACAUCAUGCCGCUGAUCCAAUGGUCGGAAUCGAUGAAAAUACGGCUGGACAAAAUGAAGAAGAGUUCACGGAAGGCGCUGGAAGACUCGCUGAACGACGCGUCGACGUACGAGGAGCUGGCGAAUGCGCGGGAAGUUCUCACAGACAUGGCCGCCAUUUUUAACGAUAUGUGUAGAGCAGCGGCCGUCAAAGUCCGUCUCAACGCGGUAUUCGACAAACGGGAUGUGUACAAAAACGUGGAAAGCGCAAUUAGAGUAAGUUUCUCUCUAUUUCUAGCGGUUCACAACCAUUUCAAUUGCAGGGAAAGUCGCAGAACGAUUCCGAGGGUCUUGCUCUUUUUGAUAAAAUGCAAGCAUUAAUGGACGACCGUGCAUGUAUUGAGGUAGAUAUCUUCAAAGUGCCGCGUUUAGUUGUGAGUUCUUUUUUCUUCAGAGAAACAUCUCGUCAGUAGUGGAGAGCUUUCGAGUGGGCGGAUUCCCUCCCACGCGGACGUCCAGAUUCGCAAAACCGCCGCCGAUCAAACUGGCGAGACACGUGGACGAGACGGCCAAACAACUGUGGAUCUCUAUGGAAACGGUGAUUGCGAAGACGAAGGGCGAGCAGUUGACAUGGCGAUUCAAGCGGAUAAGCCAUCCGUGCUUCAAGAACUCGAAGACCCUCCUUGAAGUGAGUUUUUAAUAGUGUCGCUAGUAGAAAUUGUGGUUCUUGUUAGCCAAACGACUUCAACAAUUGAGAAAAUGAAAUUUUAAAGCCAAUUUCUGCCUUCAAACGAAAAUUAUGAUGACUUUAUCAAAUUUUGACAUUUUUUUUUGCAAAUGACGAUCUUAUGAACCAUGAAUGUCUGUUGCGCAACUGUCAACUUAGAAUAAUAGUUAGUAUUUUAAAAUAUUCAAAAAAAUCAGUUCAAAAGUUGAAUUAUUUUUCAGAUACGCUAUAGUGCACGUAGGCCGAGCGGAGAAAAGGAGUUCGUAUCGUACAUGAAAGCAGAAAUAGUGCUCCGAUACGGUAUUCUCGAAGACCUGGUGAUUGGCGGAGAGGACGAGGAUCUGUACGACCAGGAGCGCAUACUGCAGUCGAAACGACUCGUCUACAGAGAGUUUACCAAGUCAGCCAAGGAGAUCAUACUGUGUUCGCCUGUCACCAAAUUCACGUGAGUUGGAGCGCUUUCAAAUUAAUUGUCGUAGAACGAGUAAUUUUCCAGUUCACCAAGCAACUUUGCCCAGUGCAACAACUACAUUCAGACAUACGUUAACUGCUUUUCAAGACAAUGUUUCUACUGCAAGUGAGUUAUCUUUCGUAUAUUACCUUCCAACCAAGUUUUCUCCUCCAGAAAGCACCUCCGUCAGUUCAUGCCGCCGACGAUGGUCACCCGAGAGGCCUCUCCGGUCUUCUGCCACAGACUGUGCUAUCAGUCAAACGUCCCCUGAUUCCGUCUUCGCGCAUUCCUCACUUCUCACUGUGAUCAUUCUCAUCCGUUGUUUUAUGUUUCUUUCACUUCUCCCCCAUCCCCAAUUGGCUUUAUCUGUUUCCCUCUUUGUUUUCUUCUCUUCCUUGUUGCUCCUUCGUAUUCCGGACCCCCCUCUUGCCAGGUCACCUUUUCCAUUUCUUUCAAUAAAACAGACCUCUUUUUUUCAUAAUGCAUGUGCAGCUGUCCGCCUGUUUGCUCUCUUUUGUUUCAAUCUCUUCGGCACUGUUUGGCGCGCGCAAAACACAUGUUUCAUUCAUUUCCCGAGCCUCAUCUCCCUUUUUCCUCCCCGCCCAGAUAUUUUUGUACUUUUUCAUUUGAAAUGACGUGGUUAACAGACGAAGCACCAUGUUUGCCUGUUAUCAUCGUACUAAAUGCCACGAAAAUGCAAACAGGCGCGGCGGGGCCAUGGCCGAGUGGAGACGUCGUUAUUCGCCCAUGGCCUUCGUCCCUCUGCUCUCCCUCCUUCCCUCUUUCUCUCCUGCGGUCAGAUCAAUGCAUUGAAGAGACGAGUGUCUGCGUCUUCGCCAAAUGCACAAUGUCUGGUCCCUAGGCUCUAGUUACGUGGGGACCGAAAAGCAUUCCCUCCCGCAUGAACACUUUCUCUGCGAUUUUUCAGAUUUACGCGCUCAUUGCGUAUUUGAAAUAUUUUAAGUUCACCGUUAAGUCUGAAAUUCAAAAAUGCUGGAAUUACCUUGGCCCUAUAUUUACUGACUCAAAACAAAAAAAAUGUUGAACUGCUUAGGUUGAUGCGAAUUGGUCAGUUCAAUUUUCGACAAUUCUGUUGAAUGCUUGAAGCCUCCCGAGGUAAAGAGCACUGGAUCAAGAUAUUUACACCAUAGAGUCAUGUGUCACUUUGUGAUAAAGCUCUUGCAAUGGAACUUCGAGCUGUGUCCUAAUCUCUAUUCCUGCAAUCCGGGCUGGGCUGGCUGUUAAAAAAUAGGUUUUUUGUCUCUACUUAGGCUCAAUUUACCGCUUUUGCCCCCUCGGUGUUUGCAGACUCAAGCCUAAUUUCAGGAAAUUUUGGCUUGAGUCUGCAACCACCGAGGGGCAAUAGCGAUAAAUUGAGUUUAACAAGGUACUAAAAAUACUGAAGUACUAAGAAUUUACGAAUCUAUUCUGUACUGUAACGGGGCUGGUUUCUUUCCGACCCGCAGCUCGGACGGCAAGUAUUCAUGAAUUUGUCAAGAGUUUCGCUCUAUUUCUAACACUAAUUUGACAUGAUAGUUAUAAUCAUCAUCUUUCUAAAUCUUACUUAUUUUAUCGUUUGUGUGAAAGUUACGUUGAAAAUUACGGCGCGAACUACCGAAAAAGUGAACACAAUGGAAAAUCGCAUUUGAUUUUCUAUGCACUGUCUCCUCAAACCCUUGGCUUUUUCGCUCUAUCGCAAUCAUCAAGAUUCGCCCUAUACGAAAACGCUGCCACACCUUUGAAGUCAGUACCGUGCAUUAUCCAAAUUUUAAUGUUGCUAUUAUUUUCGGCGUCCCUCUUCCAAUUCAGUAAGUUAUACAACAAGCUGGCGCCGUGUGAUGUAAUCCGUACGUGUUAAUCCCCCGUCCCUCCUGCGGCUCUCGCCCUUGCACCUGUUGUUUCUCUGCUUCUCCCCCCGCUCCUUUUGUCUUGUUUGCUCUUCGUUCGGUCCCCCAGACGGCCCGACCGUUUCACCCGUCUCUCUUUCGCCGAAACACUUCUUACUUCUUUUUCCCGCCGCACACCCCUUUGCGACUGACUCAUCAUUUCCGCUCACAGGUUAUGCCGUUCACCUAGUCAAGGACCAGCAACAACAAGAACGAACAAAUCAAGGUACGGCAUUUCAAUUAUCAUCUCAAUCCCUGCUAGUGUUCGGGUUGCAGAUGGUUUUGGCAGCAGUGCUUUCGAUGCUGCGAUACGUGGCAGGCAGCGACGAUCGGGACUUUGUUGAUCGGCUCCACUCGUAUUUCACCUGCAAUCUGCUCAUUGGACUCGCGGUUCUCGUUUCAUUUAAAGUAAGUAUUGAAGAAAAUGUACUAUUUUACCGUAAAAAGAAAAACUAUGAAUCAUCCAAACAUCCCUGAACGUAAAAAGGGUAGACGUUCAGAUCUGUGCUCGUAAUCAAUCAUUCUUAACAAAAUGAGAUUGGAAACAUUGUUGAAAAUGGUCUUCUUCUAUUCCAGCAAUUCGGCGGGAAGCCAGUCGAAUGCCUAGUGCCCGACAUCUUCAGCAGCAGUUGGGAGCAGUACGCGGAGAACUAUUGCUGGGCCAGCGACACCUACUACGUGCCGAUCAACGAGCCAGUGGCAGGCAUCCAGAGCGAAGAGAAGAGGCAGCGAAGGAUCAGCUACUACCAGUGGGUGCCAUUCUUUCUGCUCCUCGAGGCCGCCUGUUUCCGACUUCCCAGUCUGCUUUGGAAAUACUUGGCUGGCCAUUCUGGUUGGUUUCUAUCGAUAAAAAUGGAAGGUACAGUUGGUUUUCAGGAAUCAAGAUCAAUGAAAUUGUGAAACUCUCGUCGGAUCCGAACAAUAUCAAACCGGACAUCAAAAGGGCGAAUAUCAAGUCGCUGACUGUCCAUCUCCAGGGAGCUCUCCGAUUUCACCGACGUCUUCAGAAGAAGCAGAUCCGACCGCAUCGCUUCCUGUGGCUCUUCAACCUACCGUACUCGGCCUUCUUCGUCACGGCCAUGUACCUGUGCACAAAGUUCUUCUAUCUUGCCAACGUCUGUCUCCAACUGCUCUUCAUGAAUCAGUUUCUGGAGACGGACAAGUACAAAUGGUACGGGUUGGGCGCCCUCGUCGACCUGCUCAACGGCACCACGUGGGAGCAAUCGGGCAUGUUUCCCCGAGUGUCUCUGUGUGAUUUCGACGUGAGAGUGAUGGGAAACUUGCAAGAGCACACGAUCCAAUGCGUCCUAGUCAUCAACAUUUUCAAUGAGAAGAUCUUCAUUCUUCUGUGGUUCUGGUACCUCGCACUGCUCGUUUUCACCUUCGGAUCCUUCUUCUACUGGCUCAUUGUCUCGACUUGGGGACAUUUGAACAGACGGUUCAUCAUCAGGCAUCUUGAAAUGAGCGACAUUGCGUUCGAUUCAUCAGGUUGCGAAUCACUCAAAACCUUUUAAACAUUGAUUUUUCAGAAACCGGAGCCGAGGAUCAAGUGCGUCGGUUCAUCGACAACUACCUGAAGAGUGACGGAGUGUUCGUCAUCCGAAUGAUGACGCUCCAAUCGGGAGUCAUAUUCGGCACCGACCUCGUUCAAGAGCUCUGGCGGAACUUCCACGGAAGUGAAGCACAGCUGAAGAGGAGCAACUCGAUGCCGAAGAUCGAAGGACCGGAAGCAGGAGAGCAGUGGCUGCCGGCUCCUCCGACUCUCGUCAAUCCCCUCAAUCCGUGGAGAUAUCGGGACGAGAACCAUGCGAAUGCUCUCCGAUGGCGACGGGCUCUCGGAGCCAACGUGGAUCACACGCUUGCCACGCAAGAUUUGAUGGAGAAACUGCUGCCGAAGAACGCCGAUUCAAGACCGUCCAAUGAGGAGUUGUUGUGAGUUUUUAUUUUUGAGCUCUACCUUGUCAGACAUUAAAAAUGGAAAAAAAAACUUUAAAAGGGUUUCAGACGACUGAGCGUAUCCGCUUUUUCUGCGGAUCACCAUGAAAAUCAGUGUAAGAAAAGAGUGUAGUGUGGUGCAUUUUGAAACUUGUGGUCUCGUGCGAAGCCCCCCUUGUCUUGCCAUUGCAUGAACUCGAAACAUCUCAGAAUUCAUUAGAAUCUUCUUCCAGAAGACGUCGUCCGAUGACCGUUCAAGCCGCGUACGUCGACGAUGAGGUUGACGAGCAGCCCGAGCAUUAUCAAAAGAGCCAGACGCCUGCGCCGCCCCCAAGAGCCCCGGAUAGUCGUCCAGUGUCCACGGCGACGGAUGUCGAUUCGAAUCGAAAACCCCCAAUGAGCACUUUCAAGUGA